UUGUCGGGAUGUUUGCAUGGAUUAAUUUACCUCUUUAUUUUUCUUACGCAUAAAAAUGAGAUAAAAGUAGGUAUAAUAUUCCUUCUGUAAAUUCGCUUUGCAAAACGCGCCAUCUAUUCUCGUGUAGCGCCAAGUGGCAAUUUAUUGUUAAGAGUUUGUAACAUCGGUUGCUUUUAAAAUCCACGACUUCUGCGCCCCUCUUUCAGAUUGGCGCGUCCAGAACUAAAAAAUCUCGAUGUCCAAAUCGGUUACUUUUUUUUCCGUAAGGUUGUUUCACUAUUCUAUUCUUACACUAUGCUAUUUCCUACAAAAAACCUUAUUACAUUUUUGCUCUAAAAUAAUUUAAGUCCCUAUGAUGCGUGACGAAGUCACCACCCUGUAUAAGAUACAACUCUGUGGCUCGGCUAUCCUUGCAUUUGCGGUAACCUAAAAUUGAGGUUAGCCAAACUUUACCCUCAACUUUUUCUUUAGAAAUGGAGUGUUCGGAUUUUAGCGAAUUUCAGGAAACGUUGAAAAAUAUGCGUAGAGUAGAUGAUAUCAUUAUAAACACCCUCAAUUCUGUUAUUCCAACGGACUCGUUUAAUCCAGAUGCGGCUAAAGCUUGUAAAGACUUACAUAAUCAGUUAGUUGAAGGAAACCAACAUAGAAAAAGUGCAAUAACAAAGUGUAUAAAUUUAUCUGCUGAAAAACUGAAACAUUUUCGAGAGCAAAGGGAUACUGAUCCUAGUACUGAUCAAUCUUUAAAGUCGAGAAACUUGCUCAGAGCAGAACAAACGAAGUUACGAAUGUUGCAAGUUGAGUUGAGUGUUGAAGAUUUGGUUGAAGAACGCAGUUCAAAAGUCUUUCAAGAACGAUGUCGGAAGUACUACAAACCAUCCUAAUAAUUUGAAUUAUGCGUAGGUAGUAUAAUAUAAUUGUUUUGUAUUCAAUUUGAAGUAAUCUACAAUAUACAACUUUACAAAAAAAUGUACAGAU